GUGGGCGUGGCUUUGCUGGCACUACAGCGCCACUUUUGAGCGCUUGUCUAUGUUGUCAACAAUAACAGACCACUGAAGUUCUUAAGCAACUAGGAGGAAAAGCCAUACAUCAGUACCACGACGGCAUAGUGUUCCGUUAGAUCAAAGAUGGUUCAGGACAGUGCUCAAAUUCGGCAGCAGGGUGCUCAGGACUUUAUGGCAUACUAUGAGUUUUCCUGUGCGAGACAGGAAUCUGUCCCCCUCCCUGCUGUUAAGAUGAACCUUGACAAAGGGAUGCUGGAUUUUAAUGGAGACAAACUCAAACUAACAGACUGGCUACCUGUUCUCAGCUCUAUAUCCAUUAACAAACACUUGCACCACAUAGCAAUAAGUAGCACAUACCAGGCUAGUUUGGCUUCUGGAGAUGCAGGUAGAAGGUAUCUUAAGUCUAGCUUCAGGAGGAAGAUCCCCGCCAUUCGCUCCAAGGAUAUGACAUUAAAGCUGUGCAAGGCCCUCAGAGAGUGUCUCACUGUCUCGCCCAACCUCAAGACGCUGCAGCUCAAUGGACUUCCACUAAGAGAAAGGGACCUCAUCGCCCUGACAAAGGGUUUAGCAAAAAGCGCCUCCUUGGAAAACCUAUCUCUGGCUAACUGUCCAAUCAGUGAUGAGGGCUUAGAGGUCAUUUGCCAAAGUGUUAAGUAUUCUACUAAUAUCAGGACAGUGGAUUUUAGCGGAUGUAGUCUAACCUGGAGGGGGGCGGAGCACAUGGCCAAUAUAAUCAAGCAUCAGGGAAUGCAAAGGCAUGGUACAGCGUGGGCAGAGUCUCUGAGGUAUCGACAGCCACAGUUUGAGGGAAUGGGAGGUCUCCGCCGUGUCACACUUAACUGUAACACUUUGAUUGGGGACCGGGGUGCUGCUGCUCUUGCACAUGAACUUGCCGAGGACCUCUGGCUUAAAGCUGUGGACCUGCAGAGAUGUGGUCUGUCCAAUGAAGGCGCUCGUCGUUUGCUAGAAGCCUUAAAAACAAAUUCUUCUUUGUGUGUGCUGGAUAUCCGUGGUAACCCUUUAGUUGAUAAAGUCCUAAUUAAAACUAUAAUAGAGAAAGUACUAAUGAAUGCUGAUGGACAGUCACCAGUGUACUGCUGGAUCAAGCCUGCAGCCACAGAACCACAGAAAGCAUCUUCUCCAAGGAGGCGAGCAUUAUCCAGUACAGUCAAAGGGAAAGCUGCAUUUAGAAUAGCCACUCAGAAAGGAACAUCUGGAGGACGGAGUUCAGGUGCUGCUCAGAAACUGAAGCCUUCGCGCGCUUCCCACGUGCCUUGGCGUGCUGCUGCACGAGCUGGACGACAAAGAGGUCUGCCUCCUGGAGUUACUGUGUCAGACCAUAGUUUUCAGGGUGCAGCUACGGUAAAGGUAACAAUGGAGUCAGAUUCAGAGACAGAGGAGGAUAACGAAGAGGAAGAAGUAGUGGUGGAAGUGGAGCAGAGACCGUCUUCUCUUGAUCUUCAGGACAGGAUCCCUGUGCGGCAGUUUGAACGGAUGCAGAUGGAGCUAAAAGAGUGUCGGAUGAGGCUGGCAGAAGAGCGGCGAGCCAGACUCAAGUCUGAGUCAAGGCUCAUGGAGUAUGAGCUGGAGAAUGCUCGACUUCGAGAUGCCAACCAGUCCCUGUCAGAGGCACUUGCAGCCACUGGCUCUGCAUUAGCACCACCUGCUUCCAGUGCUCUUGAAGAUGAGGCAAUUCUGGAAAGUAUUGAGACGUCAUUCACUAAGUUCCACGCGUUCCUGGAUCUGCUCAAGGACGCCGGUUUAGGUCAGCUAGCUUCAAUGGCUGGAAUUGACAAGUCAGAUUUUCACCCUCUGGGAAGACCUCAACUCUCCUCCACAAUAGAACCACGUUUGCAUGGUGCCGCAUCACUGUAUGGAAGUGAUUACGGGAUCGAUGCUGCGUCUUUGGUAGGCAGUGCCCCUCCUGCUGCCCCUUUUGGAUUGUCUGACACCAACUCGCUCAAGCCUUCAUCUCCUCUCAGAGCAGCCUUUCAUGAAGAAAGGCCUCUUGAUGAAAAUUUCAGUAGGGCUUCAGGACCGGCAGCAAGUCCCGUUGUGGAUGUAGAAGAAGAACCUAAUAAAUUUUCAAAGCCUGACACCCAGCACUACUCAGGCUCUGAGAAGAGUUUCCGAAGUCAAAGGUCCUAUGAUAAUAUUUCCUUUGGCAAAACUUUCCAGACUCAGCAAAGCCAUCCCAGGAGCAACAGCAACUCUCACAGAAACAACAGUUCCCAUGGAUACAGCUUCAACAACAGCUACGCUUACAACCGUGCUUCCCAUAGCAAUGGGUCUCAUGGUGGUUCGUCUGUAUGUGUUAGUGACAUUAUAAGUGACAAAGAGUCUGUGGGAUCAGUAGGGUCAAGGAACAAGGGAAGUGGAAGGCUAGCGACAAUAGGUCAGUCAGGAUCAGAAGGGUCAGAGAGGAAAGCGAGUCCUAGGAGGGACGCUCUAGAGCAGGUCAGAUCUCUGGAGAGCCUGGGGGUUCAGUCAGAUAACGACUCCUUCUAACCGGCUGAUCGAAAGCUUUGUCCCUGUGUGUAAGUGGCUUUUACUCAAAGUUGUCUUAGAUUUUCAGUCCAAAUUAUUUCAGUUUAGGGAGAAAGCUAGUCCUUUAAAAAAAAUGUUGGAUUUAAACCAAAAGUGACAGCAGGAAGUUUUGAAAUUGACAUAUUACUUAGUGAUGGUCAAAAAGUGAAAUUUAUAUUUUUGUAUUUAGAUUUUAGAUUUACUAUUUUAUUUUCCUUUUUCAUAAAGCGUGGGGGAUCUGCAGUACAGUUUAAUUCAGUGUGAUAUCUUCAAAUUUCAGUUUAAAUCUGCUGAGCAGGUUUAUCCCAGUAUAAUGCUGAUUCAUGUAGUGAUGUGUCAAAUGUUAGGAAGAUUAAUGUAUCAAGGUUAUUUCAUGGGCGCUUUAAGCAACGUGUCACUCCUCAUUUCAUGUGUCUUACUCAUUAGUGGGUUUAGACAUCAAAGUUCUCUUUAAAGAUGUGUAAUAUUUUUUAUAUGUAUUUAGCCUUUUUUUAAGGCUUUGUGAUUAUAAUUGUAUCAUUUGAGGUUUCUGUUAUAUUCUGGUUUUAAAUGUACUUUUUAUAAUAAAUAUGCAAUUUAACACCCA